GUUGGAAACAGUGAAGGAGAGGUGAAGUGAAUGGGCAGUGGUGAAGCGACAUCCCAUUCUCUGCCAUGAUCACGUAUUGGUUUUUUCUCACCUUAAUUUUUUUUUUUUUUCUCCUUCUCCUUUUCGUCCCUUUCCUGCCUGGUCUACUGACCGCUGAGUCCCGCCUGCAGUCAAAGGGGAGCUCUGGGUUGAAGCUGGGGGACUGCCCCGCAAUGGUCCUUUCACCCCAGAACCGUUGCUCGGAAGCUCUUGGGGUGGUGCGAGCUGCCCUGGAGCUACCCUGGCAGGUAGCGAAGAAAACCUGACAGGGAAGGAAGUGCGGUCUGCUCCGGCGGACGAGAACGAUGACGGGCAGGCGUCAUUACAACAACCGUCUCGAGUGG